CGUUCAAUGGCGCCGUCAGUGGAGAUAGAACCCGUCGAAGAAUGUGUCCGGCGUUCCGAAAUACCGUGUGCUGCUUAUUUUAAGCCUGGCGCGGGUGCAACGUGUGCCAUAGGGCCAUCUCGGUGAUAGUUCUGCGAAAGGACGUUGCCAUUGCGCGUGCGGCAUCCGAGCGUUUACGUCUACACCAGUGGCACGCAUGGACCGACAGAGGGCUUUUGCUAAGAAUCGGGAACAUCUGCAAAAACUCUGUAUUUUGCUACGAUGCAACGCUAGGAGAUGCACGCAGACAGUAGAUAUCCCCUUGCGGACUGCUAAAUAGAACGAUAUCGGCUCGAGGAAAGCCCGGGCCCAUGGAGGGCCUGGUCGCUGAAGGGGGCUCCUCACCCGAGCCGUGUGCCAUCGGAGAGGCGGGGCCGGGUGUCACCAAGCGCAGCUGGCAACAGCUGCGGCAGGCUGUGCGACAGACACGCUGCCGCUUGUAUGGCCUCGCAUCACGCUUGCCCAGCAGCGUCACCUUUGGCAAAGGCCGCCUGUACUUCCUCAGCCCUCUGACUGAAGGACGUGAGAGCAGCCUUCACUACGUCGAUCUGCCCCCACAUCAAGUGCAAGGCGGCAGCACCGAGGCCACUGGCCUAGCUGGCAGCAGCAAUGAAGGUGCAGCAGGAGCUGCUACCGCACCGAGCUCGACAACUGCUCCCAUGCUCCAGUGGCGCCCUCUGCUGGACCCCAAGUUCCACAGGUGUCACCCACCUGGUCGGCUGUCACGGGAGGAACAGCUUCAGUGGGAGCGGCGCCGCCUCAUGGCCUGGGGCAUCACUGCUUUCGACUACCAGGCUGGCCGCUUUGUCUUCCCUGCCGGCGGCUCUCUCUUCUUCUGUGAUGACAUGCCCCAGGGUGGUCCACACUUCCCAGUGGAGCUGCGCACAUCUUUAAGCUGUGCACGCCUUAAUGCACAGCUUUGUCCAUGCAACGGUGAUGUCGUGGCCUUUGUGGCAGCAGGGGACCUGUGGGUUACUCACUUGGGCUCGGGAGCUGAGGCACGGCUCACACACACUCGCUCAGAAGGUGCCAGUGUAUCGGAGAGUCCGGUCAGUGUGGGAAUACCGUCCUACGUCACCCAAGAGGAGUUCAACCGAUACGUCGGCUUCUGGUGGUGCCCCAUGAUUGAUGCUGUGGGAACGUACCGUAUCCUGUACGAGGUGGUGGACGAGAACGAUGUGGAAGUUCUCCAGUUGCCUUCGUUUGGGGAGGAUGGCAUGGCUGGCACAGAGGAGCACCGCUUCCCGCGUGCGGGUUCACCAAAUGCCCGCUCCUCGCUUGCCCUGGCACAGUUUUCACUCUCCCACACUGGACAGAUCGAGCAGGUGUGCCUGCUGUCCUUGACUGAGCCCCUGUCAUCACUUUCACCAAGUUCAGAGUACCUGCUAAGAGCUGGCUGGACUCCUGACGGCUCUGCUGUGUGGGCUGAGCUUCUGGAUCGUCCACAGCAGCGACUGCAGCUGCUGCUGUUCCCAUUGAGCUGCUUCCAACCUCCUGAAGGAUUGCAGCAGGCCUCGGCACAGUCCCUCCUCCUCUGGCAGGAGACCUCGCAAGUCUGGAUCAAUGUGCAUGAUGUACUGGUCUUCCUGCGGCCAGAGUCUCCCCAGGAGCUGCGCCUUCUGUGGGCCAGUGAGGAGUCUGGCUUCCGGCAUCUCUACCUCCUGCGGCUACGCACAGAUGGCCAGGCUCCCUGCACAGCCCUUCCGCUGCCAUCGGGACACGGUUCUGAUCGCCUGGUGUCAAAGACACAGCUCACCUCUGGGGAGUGGGAGGUGUCUGAGAAAGAUGUAUGGGUGGACGAGAACAGACGGCUCAUCUACUUUGUAGGCCUGAAGGACACACCUUUGGAAAGGCACCUCUAUGUGGUGGGCCUUGAUGGACAGCUACCUGUGUCAAGACUGACUGAGCCAGGUUACUCUCACACUGUCUUUAUGGAUCAGGGGUGCAGCAUGUUUGUUACAGUCAAGAGCAGCCUGCGUGAACCACCCUCGAGUGCUGUGUACAGGCUGAGCCAGUCGGAGGAACCAUCAUGCCCACCAUCUCCAUGCCUGGUGGCUGUCUUACUGGAGCCAUCAAAACCUGUUGUGAUGCCUCUGCUGGAUGGUGCCAGUGUCCGGGGAUACCAAGAGCCAGAGCUUUUCAGUCAUACAAUCUCAUCAGGCCACAUGAUGUUUGGACUGGUGUUCAAGCCAGCACGCUUAGAGCCACAGCAUCGCUAUCCCACAGUGCUCACCAUCUAUGGAGGCCCGGAAGUUCAGCUGGUUACAAACUCCUUCAAGGGCAUGCGGCACCUGCGGCAGCAUCUUCUGGCCUCCGAGAACUACGUGGUCGUGGUACUGGAUUGCCGGGGAUCACGGCACCGUGGCAUUGACUUUGAGUCACAUAUCAAAGGCCGCAUGGGAACAGUUGAAAUAGCAGACCACGUGGAGGUGCUACAAUGGCUGGCCCAGGAGAAGGAGUACAUUGACUUGUCCAGGGUGGCAAUCCACGGCUGGUCCUAUGGUGGCUACCUGUCAUUGAUGGGGCUGGCGCAGCGGCCCGACAUUUUCAAGGUAGCCGUUGCUGGGGCACCGGUCACCUCGUGGGAGCUCUAUGAUACCGGCUACACAGAGCGCUACAUGGGUUCCCCCCAGGACAACCCUCAGGGCUACAGAAGAGGGUCGGUGCUCUCCUACAUCUCGCAGCUGCCCAGUGAGCAGAAUCGGCUGCUCAUAGUGCAUGGCCUGAUGGACGAAAAUGUGCACUUCACACACACCAGCCAGCUGGUGGCCGCCCUUGUCAAAGCGGGAAAGCCUUACCAGCUUCAGGUGUACCCAGCUGAACGACACAGUCUACGGCACUUGGACACAAGUGAGCACUACGAGACCACGCUACUCAGCUUCCUGCAGGACAACCUCUGACUCUGCC